AUAUUAAGAUCAUUUUACAGAUGAGGAAACCCAGCCACAGGAAUUACAUGCACUGCACAAAGUCAUACAGUACUUGAGCCUGAAGUAGAAUGCAGGAAUGGUGACUUCCAUUGUUUCUCUAGCCACUUGACCACUUGCAGAAUUUUAAAAAGACCAAGAUAAGGACAAGAAUCCACUAUUACAGACAAAAAUGUUUUGUCAGAAAUAUGGAGGAAUAGAAGAUUGAUGGCCUCACAUAAUGUGACACAUGAAGAAAAGAACUGUACAGCGCCAGCCAUUAAUGAAUUUCCUGAAGAUGUAUUUACAAAUAAGGAUCGGCAGGAGGGAGCAGUGCUGUUUCAUAUUAUUGGUGCUCUUUAUAUGUUCUAUGCCUUGGCUAUAGUAUGCGAUGACUUCUUUGUUCCUUCAUUAGAGAAAAUUUGUGAGAAAUUACACUUGAGUGAAGAUGUUGCUGGAGCCACUUUCAUGGCCGCAGGAAGCUCGACCCCAGAAUUAUUUGCAUCUGUUAUAGGUGUAUUUAUCACUCAUGGUGAUGUAGGAGUUGGGACCAUUGUUGGGUCAGCAGUUUUCAACAUCCUUUGCAUUAUUGGCGUCUGUGGGAUAUUUGCGGGACAGGUGGUUCGUCUCACCUGGUGGUCUGUGUUUAGGGACUCCAUGUACUACACGCUUUCUGUGAUCCUUCUUAUCAUUUUCAUAUAUGAUGAGCAAAUAGUAUGGUGGGAGAGCCUUAUACUCAUCGUUAUGUAUUUCUUCUACAUACUUAUUAUGAAGUACAAUGUGAGGAUGCAGAAGUUGUUUACCAUCAAAAGCAUGAACGUUGGGAAUGGCAACACAGUCAGCAAUGAGCUGGAAGAUGGUAAUAAAUGUUAUGACAUAAGCUGUGAUGACCCAUCCAUGCCAUUGCUAUGGAAAGUGAAGGGAAAGCAGCAAUAUGGCAAAAACCCGGUGGUGAUGGUGGAUGAGAUUAUCUGCUCCAGUCCCCCGAAAUUCCGCUUCCCUGAAGCUGGCUUACGAAUAAUGAUUACAAAUAAAUUUGGACCCAGAACCAGGCUGCGGAUGGCAAGCAGGCUCAUUAUUAACGAGCGUCAGCGACUGAUCCACUCUGCCAAUGGCACAAGCAAAACGCUUCAAAAUGGGAAACAUGAAAAUAUUGAAAAUGGGAACAUCAUUGUGGAAAAUCAAGAGGAGGAGAAUGAGCAUGAAAACACAUCUCCCUUUUCAGCACCAGAUGGAAAAAUGAACAAAGUCAAAUGGAUUGUCACGUGGCCAUUGCUAUUCCUGCUCUUUUGUACCAUUCCAAACUGCAACAAACCACGUUGGGAGAACUUUUUUAUGCUGACAUUCAUUUUAUCCACUCUGUGGAUUGCUUUGUUCUCCUAUUUUAUGGUGUGGAUGGUUACUAUAAUUGGAUACACUCUGGGGAUCCCUGACGUUAUCAUGGGCAUUACUUUCCUAGCUGCAGGAACGAGCGUACCAGACUGCAUGGCCAGCUUAAUAGUAGCAAGACAAGGUCUCGGUGACAUGGCAGUAUCCAAUACAAUAGGGAGCAAUGUAUUUGACAUUUUAGUAGGUCUUGGAGUACCAUGGGGCAUGCAAACUAUGUUGAUUGAUUAUGGAUCAGUGGUUAAGAUAAAUAGCAAGGGACUGGUCUAUUCAGUUGUGCUUCUGCUGGGGUCUGUAGCUCUUACUGUGGGUGGAAUCCAUAUAAAUAAAUGGAAACUUGACAAGAAACUAGGCUUCUACGUGCUGUUUCUUUAUGCCAUUUUCCUGUGUUUCUCUGUAUUGAUAGAGUUUAAUGUCUUCACCUUUGUCAACUUUCCAAUGUGCCGAGAAGAUCUUUAAAACAAGCCACAACCAUGAGAGAGGCUGACAUACUCUUUAUUCCUUGUGCUAUAAAUGAUAGGAGAUAUUUUACAUUUCCACCUUCUCAUCAGUAAUCUGAUUUUCUUUCCUGCUUUGUCAUCCAACAAGCACUUUUACUUAUCUGGAAGGAAAAAAAACCUUUCUUUUAACAUGCUAGCUCAAGGCAACCAAAGCAUUUUCCUCUUUGGGUAUUGCUGUUCAGUCAUCCAACUUGUGGAUCUCAUGCAGAGCGAUCAAAAGUCCAAUCUUCAUGGUGUUCUGCUGUGGUUUUCAUUCUCCUUAUGUAGACAAUAAUGCACCACACUCAAUUGGAACAAGACUAGAAAAAACUCUCCUCUCUCUUUUUUUGACAUUUACUGCCCAUGGAAGAAGAGGAGGCUGGCUCAGAACUUUUCUUGACUCCAUUAAAGCAUCGGAGCUACAGGACCAGAAAGUCUGAUGCACAUAACAUGGCAUGCACUGUUGUGGACAUAUGGUUUUUUCCCCUUCAAGUGCUCUGUUUAUAGAGGAACUGCAUUGACAUUUAUAAGCCUUUGUUGGUGAUUUCUGAAUAUUUAAUCACUCUUUUUUUAAAAAAUGUGAAGAACACAUGAACAAUUUUACAGAGAAAGAAGAGAAAAUGGUUAAUAUCGUAUCACUUUUGAUGAUGCACACUAAGAAUAAUAGAAUCUGAAAUCUUCAAAAGAGAAUAUAUGUGCAAAAUAGUCUUACUUGAAAAAUGUGUUUUACCAUCAGCAAGGAAUACUGUACAAAUAUAAAUUAACAUUUGUGGAAUAUUAAAGCCUGUAAGUAACAUUUUGCAUUGGUACUAGUAAGCCCACUUGUAAUUUUACAAGAAACUAAAAGAUUAACGCCCAACGGGGCGCUCAGUUUCUAGUGGCAAUUGUUAUCUGAAAAAUAGAACAUGAACACAUUCCAGACCUUCUUGCAAUAUGAUGCAUCAGGGAUUUGGGGGGGAAUUUAUUUCAUUAUUAGUAUAUUAAUCUAGAAGCUGCUGCAUCUUCUCCAUUUUGUUUUGUUUUUGUUUGUAACCACAAACUUAAUAGAGAUGGGUACCCAACACUAAGUAAUGCAUAUAAUAAACAACUCUAACAAGACUAAGUCUGUCAUGGGAACUAUCUCCUUGAUCAGAUUGUAUGCAGGAAGUUUUAAAGCUUGUCUUACUUUAGAGCCAAAUUAUUUUAA